AACAACAGCUAGUUCGACCGGACGACUGGUUGUUAUGACAGCGGUAGCUAACCAACCAGACUGCUUAGUAACCAGCACUAGUCUCCAAUGGGUAGCCACUAUCUGUAGCAGAGCAAUAUUCAGCAACAAAAAUACGAAUGCUUCUUUUAAUUAACGUGUAUGAGAGAUUAGCAGAACAGGUUUGCUAAUAAUAAUGUGCAAGACGAGCGAGCUAACAUGCUAUUCACAACUGGAUCCACAUAGUAAACGUGUAGGAUAAGCUGUGUUUUCUAUCUGUGGGAAAUGACGACAUCUGCUCCGUCCAGCUGCUGCAAACAACAACACGGCGCUCGGUGAUGUGAUGCCGUCCAAACGACCCGGUUCUCCGGAUUGGGACCCAAAACUUCAUUAUAAACCAUGAAGAACUGCGAGUAUCAACAAAUCGACCCUCAGGCACUCCCGACGACAACCCAGACCCUUCCUCCUCCUCCUCCACCGCUUCAGCAUGGAGAGACAGUCAGUGACCGGAGAGAGCAGCCGGAGACACCGAGGAGGAGGAGGAGGAAGUGGAGAGUCUUCCCCGGAAAGAACCGCUUCUACUGCGAUGGACGGAUCAUAGUGGCCCGGCAGAGCGGAGUCCUGCCUCUCACCCUGGGCCUGAUCCUCAUCACUAGUGGAUUAUUCUUUAUCUUUGACUGUCCCUUCCUGGUCAAACACCUGACCAGUUGCAUACCUGUUAUUGGAGGAGGCCUGUUUGUGUUUGUGGUCAUCACCUUGCUUCAGACCAGCCUCACUGACCCCGGCAUCCUGCCCAGAGCAACGCCAGAUGAGGCUGCAGACAUUGAAAAACAGAUCGACAACACUGGAAACACCAGCUAUCGGCCUCCACCGCGCACCAAGGAAGUCCUCAUCAACCAGCAGGUGGUGAAGCUCAAGUACUGCUUCACCUGCAAGAUGUUCCGGCCUCCGCGCACCUCCCACUGCAGCCUGUGUGACAACUGUGUGGAGCGAUUCGACCAUCACUGCCCCUGGGUGGGGAACUGUGUGGGAAAACGCAACUACCGUUUCUUCUACACCUUCAUCGUGUCGCUCUCCUUCCUGACGGCGUUCAUCUUCGGCUGUGUGACCACACAUCUAGCACUGAGGGCUCAAGGUGGGAAAGGGCUGGUGUUUGCUCUGCAGGAGAGUCCAGGCAGUGCUGUGGAGCUGGUGAUAUGUUUCUUCUCAGUCUGGUCCAUCUUGGGCCUCUCGGGCUUCCAUACAUAUCUGGUUGCUUCCAACCUGACCACUAAUGAAGAUAUUAAAGGCUCCUGGUCAGGGAAGAGUGGAGAAUGUGUCACCAACCCAUACAGUCAUAAAAACAUCUUUAUCAACUGUUGCUCUGUGCUCUGUGGACCCAUGCCACCCAGCUUGAUUGACAGACGAGGUUUCCUGCCCGCAGAUGAAUCCGUCCAGACAGCCGGAGCGGACAUCGAGCUGCCAACUCUGGCCACUAAAAACGAGAUAAACGUGUGCACACAGGGAACUAAAGGUCUGCUGGAGUCGGCCACUCUCCCUCCGCUCCUGUCUUCCUCAUGUCCUCAGGGGAAACCUCACACAGCUUAUACCUGCCCAGACAACAGCCCCCCCGCGGUGAACUCUGACCACUCACCGGAGCUCUCCACGGGCUGCGGGGCCCGACAUACCGCUGGCAACCACGGCGAUGCUUCUCCACCACGUCACACCAAGACUCGGACGAAGAAAAGUAAACGAGCGGCUUUACAUAUUCCCAACCCUUCCUUCGAUGUCCCCGUUUCCCCGACUUCUCCGGACGCAGCGGGCCCCAGCUCCAAAUCCAGGGGCCACAAAAGUGUCAGCUUCGCCUCUUUGCACUGACUGAAAUGACGGCUUUUGCAUGCUGUAACACAGUCAGACACAAGUGAUUCAGAAAUCUUUAUUAUUUGUUGGUUCUCUGAAAGCUGUGGGUCUGUGUAUGAGGAUGACAAUCACAAAGUAUUUGUGUGUAGUGGAAAUAGGAACACUAUGAGCAGAUUGGAUGUAUCCUGGCUGUAAAGGAUGCAACGUAGCCUUUUGUAUAGAUUGACAAGCACAUGAAAAGAUGGUGUACUGAUAGAGCCAUAUGCCUUUCUGAUGAUUCUCAUGUAAAACAUGAAUUUUACCAGCAUGUCAGAUCCGUCAAAUAUUGUGAAAUAGUGGCUUUGGUGUAUCGGGUGGACAAAAACUUUGUAUGGUUUUAAAGGGAAAGUCCAUCCCAAAUAUAGAAUCCACAUUAUGUAAUCUCUAUAACGUUGUGCAGCUCAGUUUAUUGUGUGAACGUGAGCCAGUUUCUCCUGUAGCUAAAGAGGCAGUUUGUACUGAUGAAUUAAUCUUGAGACAUGUAGUCAGUGAAUUAUUGAACGAGUCAUGAGACUCUCAAAGCAGCCGCGGAGCGUUUUUCAAGGAUAUGAGGACAUUUUGCCGUUCAUAUCGGAAAGCUCCAAACUCCUUUUGAUGUACAGAUGGGUGACAAAUUAAAGCUCAUAUAGCUCAUUUUUGCCUCGGGCCCAUUUAGCAGGUUAAUCCGGCCCUGGAUGGAGAGCACUGUGUUGAGUUGGGGUGAGAUCUAGAGACUGUGAACACCGUAGCAUAAGAUUCACCAGCCCAGUCGUCAGGAAAUAAUGUUGGCAUACGGGUACAUUGAAGGUGGAUGUUUUUGCAUCCGGUCGGAGCAAGUGACGUAGAAUAUCGAACGACCGUCAUUGAAAAUUGCAUGGUAUGAAAGUGGUUGUGUCUAGAAGGUAACCCACAAGUUGCAAAAUCCUCGCGAUAUGGUUAUGGUUAGUAAAGGUCGUCGGGCAGCGAGUCUUGCAAGAGUUUUUGCACGUUUUCCCAAUUUGUGAGUUACCAUCUAGACACAACCUAUGAAAGUUACGUGGUAUAAUAAUGAAUACUAGAAUGGCAUUCGGAGAGCGCAGACCUCCGCCAAGCUGCCCGAGUACGAUUGCCACCAAAAUCGAAUGGAUUGUUCAUUGCGCCACACCUCACCCCUCCAAAAAAUGUAAUUCAAAUCCAUCUCAGACUUUUGGAGUAAUCCUCCAAACGGACAAACCAACAAACAAACCAACAAACCAACAAAACCGGUGAAAACAUAACCUCCUUGCUAGGCCUUUGGCCUCGGCGGAGGUAAUAACAAGCAACAAAGUCCACAAAAGGCGGGCAGGUGAGAUGGGUGGUGGAUGGGUCAAACAAACACAGGACUUUCACCCAGGAGACCAGUGUUCGUGUCCUGUGUGAAACCAAAAGUAAACGUUGACUUCAUGCUUUUUUUUAUCGUUACGUAAGAAUGUCUGCUAAGGGCGGUUGUUAUUUAUUUACAUUACGUUGUUACGUUAUUAUUUUUUUAAUCUUUACCAUAAUAGUUUUGUUGCCUAAACCUAACCAAUCGUUUCACAGGGUUAAUCACGUGGCAUUGUGCAUUUCUGCCAUAGACUGUAUACAAUAUGGAUGUAGUCUCCGUGAUGUCACAAAUAGGUUUCUUAAGAGCUAAUUCAAAAAAGGGUAAAGAGGUGGAUCGUCGGUGGAGCUGAGAGACGCAGCAGAGUAGACACCUAGCAGCUAGCAGUUAGCGACCUGCACACAUCUGUCACUCAAAGCGGCCACGCCCUGAAUUAUUCGGAACUUUAAGCAUUAAUAUAAAUGAAACGGGUGAGUUAUAUAAACAUUCACCCCCCGUACAGUUGUCGUGAAUGGAGAAAUUAGCUAUAGAGACCAAACCGUGUUUAGUACCAGGCUGUAAACAUGUUUAUUUCUGUUGUAAAGUUGUGCAUUUUAACAUGGGGGUCUAUGGGGAUUGACUCGCUUUUGGAGCCAGCCUCAAGUGGCCAUUCGAUGAACUGCAGUGUUUGACAGUUCCGCGUUGGCUUCACUGCUCACGCUGGAGGUUGCCACUUGGUUUCUGCAAGCGUGAUAUGAGGCUGAUAUGAAACAUAUUUCUGAAACGUUUUUUUUGGUUCAGAAAAGUUGACAGUCAACUUAUCCCGGGGUUUGCAGAAACGUACACUGCCAACAUUUUUUUGUGGCGACUGGGUUGGAUUCACAUCACUUUCAAGCCUCUGCAUUAUGUUUCUCCACACAUUUAUUCAGGAUUUCCUUUGUCGCCCAUCUGUAAUAUCUCAAACAAAGGUAUGUUGAGUUCAGUAGGUUAUUCAGCCUCAAUGGACCAACACCAAUUAUGGUCAUGAGAUGACAUAAUUAUGUUUAAACUGCACAUGAAUUCUGAUUUGGUGUGGAUUUUCCCUUUAACUUUGCACAGUGUGUAUCAGUUUUAUUGGUGUUCAGAUGUUUGUGCUGUGUAAAUGGCAGUGAAUGCAACUGCAUGAUAAUGACUAAAGACGUACAGUAUUUUAUUUUUGGUUUAUUUAUAUCCAUUCAAACAUCACUUUUUACACCUGAGAGGUCCUGAACCACGUUUCGUAGGAAAGCUGUGACUCCUGAACAUAGUCGUGAACCAGAAGCCAGUGUGCUGCACCACCUCCUGCUUGUGUCACCAUUAAUAUCACAUGAUGAUUUAAAGCUUCCACUUCCUGCUCACACUUUGUAUCUGCAACAGCAAUACCUGUUCUCACUCUUCCUUAAGAUUGUUUUACUUUGUGCGCUUUGACAAAUCUAAGAAUGUGAACGGUGGUUUGUUCUCAGGUGGAAAUCUGCAGAGGGUGGUAGGUAUUUAAUAUGCAAGUUCUAUGUGACAUAUAUCAUGUUGAUCCACGUUGUAACCUGAUGGCAAUAGCUGCACAAAAAUGCAAUGAUCCGAACAUCAUCCCCAUGCAAACACACACACUGUCCAUCUGUAGUUCACCUAAAGAGUGUUAACACUGAGUAGAGCAGCAUCACUUUGUGUGCAUUCGCUGUGUCAAAAGUCAUCCCUCUGGCUGUAAUGCAAUUUCUGAGGAGAAAACAUUGUACUAUAUUUGUACAAAGGUUAUUUAAGGCAAUGCUCCUGUCAAAGUAGAGGAAAAGGAAAAUAAAGUUCAGUGAAAUAAA